AUGACAACAGUAAAGAACAGGACAGAAGUGACACAGUUCAUUCUGCUGGGACUCACUGAUGACCCAGGCCUGCAACUUCUUCUCUUCAUCAUCUUCCUUCUCAUCUACAUCAUCACCCUGGUGGGGAACCUGGGGAUGAUCCUGCUGAUCCUCUCAGACUCUCGGCUCCACACUCCCAUGUAUUUUUUCCUUGGUAACUUGUCACUGGUGGAUUUUUGUUACUCUUCCGCUGUCACUCCUAAAGUCAUGACAGGGCUCCUAAUAGGAGACAAGGUAAUCUCUGACAAUGACUGUGCUGCUCAGAUGUUUGUUUUUGCAGCCUUUGCUACUGUGGAAAAUUACCUGUUGGCUUCAAUGGCCUAUGAUCGCUAUGCUGCAGUGUGUGAGCCUCUACACUAUGCCACUUCCAUGACCAGAAGUAUGUAUGUGUGUCUUAUCAUGGGCUGCUAUAUUCUUGGUUUCUUGAAUGUCUCAGUUUAUCUUGGAGAUACAUUCAGCCUCACUUUCUGUAAGUCUAAUGUGGUCCAUCAUUUUUUCUGUGAUAUGCCAGCAAUCAUGGCUCUCUCUUGCUCUGAUAGACAUGUUAAUGAACUGGUACUUAUUUAUCUAGCCAGCUUCAAUAUCUUCUUUGCUCUCAUAAUAAUAUUAGUAUCCUACAUUAUAAUUUUUAUCACAAUAUUAAAGAUACACUCUGGAACAGGGCAUCAGAAAGCUAUUUCUACCUGUGUCUCCCACUUCACUGCUGUUUUUAUUUUCUAUGGAACUACAAUCUUCAUGUAUUUGCAGCCUAGCUCUAGACAUGCAAUGGACACUGACAAAAUUGUGUCUGUGUUCUACACCAUGGUAAUACCCAUGCUAAACCCCUUAGUUUACAGCCUGAGGAACAAAGAGGUCAAGUGUGCAUUCUUGAAAGUGGUUCUGAGGGAAAAAUAA